UCAUGGCUGACAUGCCAUUGUGUAUAAGUGCAAAGUGUACUAAGAAUGUAAUGGACAUUUCCACAAUUAUGUUGAACAUAAAAAGCCUCCGUGCCAUAGUUUAGAGAAAUGAGAAAGGCACAAUUGCACCGCUAGGUGGAUUAAAACAGGUUUUUACUUCACUCUUCUCUAUAGAUUUUUCUACGGCUCAUGUACGUACACGGCACAUGAAACAAACACUACAUCACUAGCUGGUGGAAAAUAAUAAACAAAGACGGCAAAAUCAAAUGGGAUUGUUUUCAACCAGGAAGCUGCAGAAGUGUUCGUGAGACCGGGCGACAAGAACUCAAUAGACUGUGGUCUACCUAUCGAUCAAAAUUACAAUCCAGCUUAGCUACAGAGGGAUCAUAGACGGAUUCCAAUUGUGGUCGAUACUCGAUAGACGCAGACAAUGGCUACAAAUCAAUCUCAGGCAGCUGCUGUAGUUUUGCUGGGCGCUUCGUUCUUGGUAUUGGAUGAAGACAAGAACCGCUUUCACGAAGAGCGUCGUCGGCGUCGUCGUCCUAUCCAUCGGCGUAGUGUUUGGGUGCACGAGUGGAUUAAAGAUAGAGAGACGGAAGGGUGUUAUCAUAAACUUAUGCGACAAUUACGAGGCAACAACACACAACUAUACAAAACCUUUGUCCGUAUGUCGGCGGAAGAUUUCGACCAUCUUUUGGAGUUAACAGCGCCCUUGAUUAGAAAAUCCGAUACACAAAUGUGGAAAGUCUUCCCAACUGGAGAAAGAUUGGCCCUGACGAUGAGAUAUCUUGCCACCGGCGAAAGUUUUACAUCAUUACAAUAUUUGUUCCGGAUACCACAAACAACGAUUUCGCGCAUCAUUCCAGAAGUAUGUGAAGCAAUAUUCUCAGUGCUAAAAAGCACCUACAUGCCGGUUCCAUCAACAGAAGCAGAAUGGAAUAAUAUCGAAAGACGAUUCAACGAAAACUGGAUUUUUCCCAAUGCUAUUGGCGUAGUUGAUGGCAUGCAUGUGGUAAUUGUAGCUCCUUCAGAUGCUGGUAGUAUUUUCUACAAUUACAAGGGUACACAUAGCAUCGUACUAAUGGGGAUAGCAGACGCCGACUACAAGUUCAUCUACGUUGAUGUAGGACGCAAUGGUAGAAUAUCCGAUGGUGGCGUUUACAAAAUGUGUAAUUUUGCCUAAGCAUUACGAAAUGGAAAAUUGAAUGUCCCCCAGCCAAAACCAUUGCCUAAUCGCAAUACCGCUGUACCGUACGUGUUAGUAGCCGACGAUGCCUUUGCGAUGACUCCUGGUUUAUUAAAACCUUAUGUCGGCUCUAACUUAACAGGAGUGCAACGGGUAUUCAACUAUCGAUUAUCACAAGCACGACGAAUAAUCGAAAACAUGUUUGGAAUAUUGUCAGCUCGUUUCCGGGUACUCCGACACGCCAUUAACUUGGAUGCUGAUAAAGUAAGAAAUGUUAUGCUCGCUUGCUGCGCUUUGCAUAAUUUUUUAAUUAAUCGUAACAGUAACGCGUAUGCUCCUUCAGGAACAUUCGACCGUUACGAUGAAGAAAGUGGUGUUAUACCUGGUGAUUGGCGACAACAACCACAGGAAUCUAGCUCUUUUUUCCCUAUUCAAAGAGAAUCGGGCUAUAUCUGCGAUAACGCUAAACGAAUCCGCGAAGAAUUCGCAGAUUAUUUUGUGA